AUGGCGACGACCUUUCCAUGCAAAGCGGAGCUGGCCGGCAUGCCCAAUGAGCUUUUAUAUCACAUUGCCGAGAACGUUGAAGAUAACAAAGACCUCAACUCCCUUGUUCAAACCUGCCGAGACUUUUACGACCUAUUGAACCCUGAGCUCUACCGUCGAGAUGCAAGAUUGAGCGGGGCUUCCGCGCUCUGGUGGGCGGCUGAGAGGGGAAGCGUGGAGACUGCGAAAAAAGCCGUGGAGGCCGGGGCGGAUGUCAACAGCGUGCGUACGAUUGGGCUUCGACACAAGGAAACUCUGCUCCUGAGCACGGUAAUCGCGCGGGCCCGGGCCAAGCUGAUGAACAAUGCGGCCAAGCGCGAUGCGGUGUUUACGAUUCUGGAGAUGCUGCUUGAGAACGGGGUCAAUGUGAACUAUAUGGAGGAGGAGACCGGUUUCAACCCCAUCGAAUCCGCCGUCAUCGACGAAGACUAUGAGGUCGUCAAGCUGCUGCUCGAGCACGGCGCGCAGAUCCCCGCCGACAUUUCGGGGCACGGGAGCUUCGCGCACAUUUUGAUCCAGUGGCCCGGCCGCGCACCGAGUUUUGAGCUGCUGGAGCUCCUGCUGACCCACGGCCUCGACGCGAAUGCGAGAAACCAAAGCGGCUCCACGGCACUCCACCUCAUCGCGGAGCGGCAGUUCAAGGAGGGUCUGGAGCCGGUGCUGGCGCUCCUACUUCGUCAUGGGGCAGACAUCCACGCCAAAAACGGGCAGAAUAGGACGGCGCUGGAGCUUGCGAUGGAGGAGGCUACGUUUGUUGCUGCGCAGGGCCGCACCAAGUUCGACGCGAGGGUGUUGAAGUUGUUUCUGGAGAGCGGCGCGGACACGUCGACUGUGAUGAGGCCCCGGCUUCAGGUGGUGCGGGAAGCGUUUGAGGAAGUGGAGAAGAAACUUGGGCGGACUUUUUCGUUCUGUGGGUAG